UCGCAACUCUUUGUACCUACUGUGUACGCCUUUGAUUUUGUUGCAUGCGCUGAUAAGGAUGCCGUAAUCGAUGGGGCUGAUAGUUACAGCGCCGUGCUCGAGCCUCGUUUCAACUCCAAGAAUCGGGUCUAUACACGAGGAUGUGACGACCGACGUUCUGGGCCAGAUCGGUGCAUGGCAGUGGAUGGUGACGAUCGUGUCGACCACCCUCAUGGCUUCUAACAUGUUCAACCAAUACGAAGACAUGUUCCUUCUGAAGCAGUCUACAAACAUAGUAUGCACGCUGCCUCAGGGUUUUAAUGCGAAUAACUACUCUCAGUGUCAUGUUAUUGCUAAAAAUAAUAGCGAAGAAAUUCGCUGCCAGUUGUGGCAUGUAAAAGUAUUAGGAUUAUUUUGGCUGAAGAAAAACUGGAUAAUGGCUUGCGAUCAAGAUUGGAAGUUUCUAUCGGCGGCGAUGAUUUGUCGUUUGGGAGUCAUGUUUGGAUAUGUUGUCUUUGGCCUUAUUUCAGACAGCUUUGGGCGAAAAAAGGCAAUGGUACUAGAUGUAUACACGAACUUAGUAUUGAGGAUAUCUAUCAUAGUUUGCGACUCUGAAAGUUGGUUCAGAUUGUUAGUUUUCAUAAGAUCUUUACUCGGUAGUGCUAAUAACUUCAUGGGACUAAUUUUGAUUUGCGAGAUCGCGAGCAACAAAUGGCGCUCGUGGCUAAGUAUGAUAGUGGCAACGCCGCGGCUGCUCGCGGCCGUGUGUAUGGUCCCGCUGGCCCGGGCCCUCAGCAACUCGGAGUCUUUCACCUUCAUCGCCUGCUUGUAUGAUCUACUGCUGAUCGUUAUUUUGAGAUGGACUCCAGAAUCUCCGCAGUGGCUGCUAUUUAAUAACAAAAUCACAAAAGCAGAAAAAACUAUAUUUAAAGGGGCGAAACAAAACCACGUUUCACUAUGCAGUGAUUUCAAAAUAAGGCCCGUCAAUCAAAGAGCUUAUGUUUGUCUAGACGAGGAUCAGACUUGCAUCCCCAUACUAAGCACCCAUAAUACAAGAGUGCUGACCUUCGUGUCCUUAAUAUUUUGGUCACUAAACUGUUUCUCGUGGAGUAUAAUUUACUCAACUAAUUAUAGUGGAGAGCAGACCAACUAUUACCUGCUUAAAAUAUUAUGUUUGGUCGCGAUAAUUGGGUGCCUGACGGUAGUUUUGUCGCUGAAGUGCUCGUUGCGACAUUUGCUCAUGAUACAUAUAUUCUUGGCAGGCGUUAGCGGCCUGGCCGCUCUUACUUGUAAGGAAGUCGGUGAGCCCAUAUGCAGUAUACUAUAUCCAUUCGCCCUAGCUACCAGUCUAAACGCGCACGCCAUAACUUUAAGUAUCACGCCCCGUCUCUUCGCCAUCAAAAUCCGUGCGACCCUUCUCGGUUGCUGCCACGCUGCCGGGCAAAUGGGUGCCAUCAUUGGCUAUCUCAUCACUUCUCUCAAGCUAGUUGAUGAGAUCACUCUAGCCCUGCUAGAGGCAGCGGCUACCGUGGCUAUGCUAGUCCUGUGCUUGGUGUUCCCUGACGUGGAUGACCGAGAGAUGCCCGAUGUACUUGAAGACAUGGAUUAUUUUUCAGAAUUAUCUAAGCCCCUGCGCUGGGCGACGCAGAAGACUCACUCGCCGUCUCGCGAAGAGAUUGAGCUUCGUAACCUGUCGUUCGGCAGCACUCGCGCCCGUGUCGCGUCGAGCACAACUUCAGAGCAUGCGCCUGCGCGGCCCAUUGGCUGCGCGACGCUGUGGCGCGCCAUCUAUCGCUUGUUUUGUAGAAAUAAAUAA